CCCUGUGCGACGCUCUCCUUCGUUCCCUCUGCAACGAAGAGAGUAUUCUCCUCUCUUUUUCCCUCCAGCAUGUCGUCGCCAGACGGGCCCAGCACCAUCAGAGUUUUUGUCCGCUGGCACGAUCAAACUGUCUUCGCCGGCGAGGAGGUCAAGUGUACCAUCACCUUCAAGAACGUCGCGCCACCACCCACGACUUCGUCCUCCUCCAACUCCACCCCGCCUUCCAGCUUUACCACCAGCAGCCACCUCUCUCGCCAGCAACAGCUCCAACAGCAGCGGCUGAACAUCAACAGCCACAGACUUCCGAGUCCUCUGCUCGCAUCCCAGAACCGCCAGCCCAAGACCCCGACUCAGUCCUCUGGCCUUGCGCCGCCACCCCGGCAAUCCCGUGGACACCGACACAGCCACUCCGUUGGGGGGAUCCCGCCCUCGCCCUCACGAGCUAGGUCCGGCUCCGGAACCUGGCCUGCGCCAGCACCCGGCGAAGAAAGCCCAGGGCAGCGCGGCAGCCCUCAUAGACGGUCCAUCUCGAUCGUUUCGCUCGGCUCCCCGACCCCAGACUUACAGGGCCAUGGCGCUAGCGGGACCUUCAAGUCGCCGCCGCGGCCGCAUAGAGGUCACAGCCGCGCAUCGAGUCUGCAUAUAACGUCUCGUGCGUCCGCUCCGACCGGAGCUCGAUCAGCAUCACAUCCACAUCGACCACCCUUCAACGCUCAACCCUCACCUCUUUACAAUGCCUCUUUUCCUCCAUCGGGCUCCUCCACGGCGCUCAACACACCCGGGCUUGGAAUCACCACUACAGGGGCCUCGCCUCAAAUGGCAGCAGAUACUCUUGCUAGUUUUCAAUUUCCCAUGAAAAACACUACAGAACUCCAGGCUUUAGGGAGUCCUCUCAUUAGUGUCAAUGAACCACCGCCGGGCGCUACUGAAGCGCCCCCUGAUGGCACAACUACAGACGCGAAUUUACCGCCAAGCAGGAACGAUAACUCCAUACCUACGAUCAACGAAAACAACGUAGCCCCUGCAGCCAGGGUGCUGUCCACGACGAGUAUCUCAGGCACGCCUCGCAGCAGUACGGAAUUCUACUCCGUGAGCAACAACUCGACCGAGACACUAGCGUCGGAAUACGUGAUACCUCAACCGGGCAGGACGGCUGGAGGAAGGCCACUACAUUUACGACAAAGAUCACAUAUGUCGGGGCCGAAGCCUCGAGCGGCACCCGAGGCUUUGAUGAUGGGAUAUGCACAGAUCCAGGGUUCCUUUACGCUGGACGGGUCGCUUGUGAACUUGGCGCCCUUCGAGCUGGUAAAACGCAAGGCAGUGGUGGGUGGGCAAGGCGGUGGCGUCAUCGGCUUGGAAACCCAAAACAAGCGAGAGAGUGGCCUGCUGCGAAGUUUCGGCUGGGGUAGCUUGACCAGUUCGAUCGGCGAGCUGUUGGGCAGCGGCGAGCUGAGCACCAUCAAGGAGAUGCGAGGCAUAGCGGACUCCAAGUCAGUUCCGCUGCUGUCCACCCCUCAGUCCAUCCUCUUUGUGGAUCUGAAGCUGGCACCUGGAGAGAGCAAAUCAUUUGAGUAUAUCUACAGAUUACCCAAGGGACUGCCUCCUACACACAAGGGCAGGGCUAUGAAAAUCUCGUAUGGCCUCGUCAUUGGUACCCAGAGGCCUGGCAGUGCCAAGGAUCAUCAGAUGAAGUCUGUCGAAGUGCCGUUCCGCGUCCUCGGCAGCGUUAACAACCACGGAGAGAUCUUGGGUCAUGACUUGAUGAACCCUUAUGUACUUCUCAAAGACCUUGCUCAAGUGCAGAGUCUGGACGAUUCAAAGAACCGUUUAUCCGAGAACAACAGUAGUCGGAAGGGUACCUCCCCUGGACCGACCUCUGGCUCUACGAUGCAAAGCUUCCUCACAUAUGUGGAUGAAUUACUAAAUCGCCCAAGCCAAGGGACUGGGAUGGACGCCCUGUUAUCACCCACGGCAGUACCUGGAUCACGACGGCUGUCGUCGGUUUCUUAUUUUGAAGAUGGGGUAUUGACAGCCAAGGAGGCCAUAGACAUGGCCAUCCUGCGUAGCAAUUUGACUGGAGCGGGCCAACAGAGCACGAACAGGUUUGAGAUUGCACGCAACGGGCGCAAGGUCGGAGUCGUAACUCUAGCGCGGCCCUCCUAUAGGAUCGGAGAGCCCGUCGCCAUGACAGUUGACUUUUCCAACAGAGAGCUGCCUUGCUACGCCUUGCACGCGGCCCUCGAGACGGCAGAGCGCGUAGAUCCGUCACUUGCGCUUCGAUCGGAAGCCAGCGUGCAUCGUGUCACGAGACGAGUAUACGCGACCUCGUCCGAAGCAGCAAUGUUUGCCCGCCGAGUGGUGUUCGCACCUACGAUACCCAUCUCGGCCACGCCCGAGUUUGUCACCAGCGGCGUCAGUCUCGAGUGGAGGAUCCGCCUUGAGUUUGUGGUCCCAUCUGCCGCUGUAACAAACUCUCAAACACCCCAAACUCCUACCUUUUCUCACCAAGGACAGAACGGGGGCGGAUUCGACGAGGAAGACGAAGAUGAUGGAGAGGGAAGCGACACAGGCAGCAGGAUGACGGAACGGGAGGCCGUCCCCAGCGGAUCCUCGUCGGCUCGUUUGCUACAGCAACAACAACAACAACAACAACAGCAGCAGCAGCAGCCGAAACAGACACACCCUCUACUGGAAGAAGUCUCACGUGAUGAGCGUGGUGGUCUUGUACUGGUCGCGGCCGAGACGUUGCCGUGCGAGAGUUUUGAAGUUGCCGUCCCAUUACGUGUCUACGGCGCCGUGUGCAACGGGCUGGAGAGGCUGGAGAGAGACGAAGCUGAAGGAGGAAUGCCUAUAUGA